AUGAAGUUCACAUCCGCGAUUACCUUUGCUACCGUCGCCUCCGCCGGCGUUGUCAAGAAUGCGUCCCCACUAUCUCCUCUUGUCGAUGCCGUAGACAAGCUGGAUGAUAGCGUUAGGAUCUUCGCCAAGAACCCACCGAAAGUCUUCACUCCCUUUUUCAACAACGCACUCGGUGAAGGCUUCGAUCCGGUUUUCGGUGCCCUGAGACAGGCCGGGGACGAUUUCAAAGACUCCUCGGCUCAACUCUCCAAACAGGAAGCCGAAGCGCUUCUAGAGCUUUUCAAGAACGUCGAGAAGGAGGGAAAGCCUGUUCUGACUGCCUUUACCGAUACAAGGGAUGCCAUCAUCAAAGCGGGUGCCUGUGCCUACGCUCGGCUUUACCUUUCGAUGAUCGACAACGAAUUCCAAUCAGUCACAAAGACUGUUACUGCUAGGGUGUCUGCGGAUUACCAGCACAACAUUCAAGAGCACGCCGGCCAAUUUUCGGGCCUGCUUCGCAAGUCGGCAGAUCUGUUUCCAGUUGACCAAUGCGGUAAAAUGAAGUCAUACCUACCCGAGAUGGAAUAG